GAGCCACAGCCGGUGGCCGGGCCCCACUUGCCGGAAGAGGAAGCCGAGGCGCUCAGAUUCCGAGUCAACCAACGUUCACUGGGCGCCCCCUUAGCCCUGGGUGCUGGCUCCGGACAUCCACGUCCGUUAUCUUAAUUGAGCCUUGUUGGGGUUGGGAGCCGGGUAUUGUUCGGGCUUACAGAUGAGAAACGGAAGCCCACAGAGGCGAAGGGAUUUGCCUAAAGUCCGACUGUGGCAGAUCGGAUUCGGACUGAGAUUUUCCCAGCUGAUGUUCUUUCUACCGGCCCAAUCUAGGUCGAUUCCCUCCUUGUUCACUGGCCGCUUCUCAUUCUAUUUUACCCACCUGGGGCAGGAUAGAAGCUUUCCUUUACCUUCUCAGACAUCUCCCCUCACACACUUUUCUUCUAGGACUUGGCAUCCCCCCAAUUCCCCUUCUUAAUAUUCUCUGCUACACCUCUCCUCUUGUUCCUCAUUCUAGCUUUCAAGAUCCUUGCUCACUUUGUGAUAAUGAACGCCUCAACUAGCUGUGGAUCCUGACGGGUGAAAUGGCUAGGCUUCAACGAGGCUUGGGGUGUUUAAGGGGACAAACUGGCGCCUGAAUUAAAAAUUAAGGAAUGACAUUUGAGUGGGUCCAAAUUCAAGAGUCCUGAGGCUAUUUUGUAAGCCGACAUGCUCGUUCUUGAAUGAGGGGCUUAGUGCGUGGGAAGGUCUCUUGAUAUCUUAACCCAUUGUUGCUGUGUUAGCACAACUUCACUUUUUCCCCUCCAUUUGCCACUGAGCCACAUCUCUCUCCAUCUAUCUGGACUAUGAGAGCCCCGGAUUAAAACCCAUAACAAAGUGAUAGGUGUAAUCACAGACCCUACUUUUUUUCUUCUACUAAGCCGGGAUUUCAACAAACUUACCACUUCCGUUUCCAGAGAAGUUACCUAGUUCAGUUAUUUUCAGAGUAUACGUGGAAAGGAAAGAAGUGAAAAUGAAAUGCACUGAAAAUGGAUAAUACAUUCUUUAUCUUGUGAAAAUCUUGAUGUUAACUGCAAGUUAGUUCUUCCACAAAAAUGGCCUGUUGUGUAGUUCUUCUUGGUUAUUUUACUGAGUCUGUUCUGUCUCCAAUCAGAUAAAUAUGUAUUCUGUAAAAUAAUACAAAUUAUUAUGUAAAAGGCAGAAGAACAGGACCAGGCACAGAAAUAAAUUUUAUUAUUAAUAAUCUAUCAUUUUUGAAGAUUUUCAAUAGCCACUGAGUAACCUCACAUCUGUAUGCCUUUUACACUUUUAAAAGUUCUUCCAUAAUUUACCUUUUAAUGUGUAUCUGGAUGUCAGGAUUUACGUCACUGUUUGGAUAUUCUUUGGAGUAAAUUGGGCUGUACGUUUCUGAAAUAAAAUCAGUUUAUAAUUUUCAUAAAAUGCAGAUACAAAAUAAUUCAGGCAUUGUAUAUUAUAUCAAAAAGAAUAUGCAUCAGUUUUAAAUACUAUUUGAGACUUUAGGUUUAAUCUUUUAGGGCACAUAAGAUCCAUUUUAAUAAUGAUCAACAGCCUUAUAUCUUAUUUCAUUAUCCUGGUGAGCGGGAUUGGUUGGUGAGAAAAGGAAAGACUCCUGUGAGAAGAGCAGGGUAAGCAGAGGGAUCUAUGCUUGAAGUUGAGUUACUUGAAAAAGAUCUCUUUGAAUGUGGAAGAGAUCUGAACAGAUGAAAAUACAGUCAGGUAGGCACCAAGGAAGGGCCUUAAGUAAAGAGGUAGGUGGGGCAGUGAAAUAUAUGCACUGUGUUAAGAAUGUGUACUGACCUAUUUUCUAAUUUUUGAAAUUAGAAAACCGGGGUCACAUAUUUCAAGAAUGUGUAUAUAAGGUGUUGUGGAAAUCUGGAAAUUGUCAGUUAGUUACACAUUUGUGUAAAUUACUAAAACUGUAAUAUCAGGUCUAUCCUAGGAAAUGCAGGGUAUACAUUUAUCAUAAAAUACAGAGUGGUAGUGUCAUUUGAACUGUAAAAUGUGUGUGUGUGUAUGUAUGUGUAUGUAGAGAGAGAAAUAGUCCAGGGACCUAGUACAAUUUAGGAAUACCAGGUAGUUUUGCUUAAGUGCAAGGUAAUGCAACUUUUACAUAGGCUAGAAGUCAAAUUAGUGACUCGAAGCUGGGCAGUAAGCUUGGGAAGUCUGUCUGCUGAGCUUCCCUGUUCCAUACCCAAGCUCUGUUGUUUCAAACAGUGGUUUGGAGAUGAAGUUCCAAAUUUAACACAAGAGGAGCUGAGAAAAAUGAGCCCAGUUCGUGUAUCUCCUUGUUUCACCUGUCCCUUACUCUCUUAGGAAUCAAACUAGAUCCAUUGACACAUUCGAUAGAAAAGAGACUUCCACCAGGUUUUAGAUGGACAGACAACCACUACUGUCAUAUACUGCUACUUAAAUAUCAGUGUGCUGAAUACCAUUUGAGCUAAAUGACUGUUUCUCUGUUGAGCUGUUUGGAUUUUAAUCAUUGGAGGAAAAUGCAACAUGGCAGCAGCGAUGGAAACAGAACAGCUGGGUGUUGAGAUAUUUGAAACUGCAGAGUGUGAGGAGAAUAUUGAAUCACAGGAUCGGCCUAAAUUGGAGCCGUUUUAUGUUGAACGAUAUUCCUGGAGUCAGCUUAAAAAGCUGCUUGCUGAUACCAGAAAAUAUCAUGGCUACAUGAUGGCUAAGGCACCACAUGAUUUUAUGUUUGUGAAGAGGAAUGAUCCAGAUGGGCCUCAUUCGGACAGGAUCUAUUACCUUGCUAUGUCUGGUGAGAACAGAGAAAAUACACUGUUUUAUUCUGAAAUUCCCAAAACCAUCAACAGAGCAGCAGUCUUAAUGCUCUCUUGGAAGCCUCUUUUGGAUCUUUUUCAGGCAACACUGGACUAUGGGAUGUAUUCUCGAGAAGAAGAACUAUUGAGAGAAAGAAAACGCAUUGGAACCGUUGGAAUUGCUUCUUAUGAUUAUCACCAGCGAAGUGGAACAUUUCUAUUUCAAGCUGGUAGUGGAAUUUAUCACGUAAAAGAUGGAGGGCCACAAGGAUUUACUCAACAACCCUUACGGCCCAAUUUAGUGGAGACUAGUUGUCCCAACAUUCGGAUGGAUCCAAAAUUAUGCCCAGCUGAUCCAGACUGGAUUGCUUUCAUACAUAGCAAUGAUAUUUGGAUAUCCAACAUUGUAACGAGAGAAGAAAGGAGGCUCACUUAUGUGCACAAUGAGCUAGCCAACAUGGAAGAGGAUCCCAGAUCAGCUGGAGUUGCUACUUUUGUUCUUCAAGAAGAAUUUGAUAGAUAUUCUGGUUAUUGGUGGUGUCCAGAAGCUGAAACAACUCUCAGUGGCAGUAAAAUUCUUAGAAUUCUGUAUGAAGAAAAUGAUGAAUCCGAGGUGGAAAUUAUUCAUGUUACAUCCCCUAUGUUGGAAACAAGGAGGGCAGAUUCAUUCCGUUAUCCUAAGACAGGCACAGCAAAUCCAAAAGUCACUUUUAAGAUGUCAGAAAUACUGAUUGAUGCUGAAGGAAGGAUUAUAGAUGUCAUAGAUAAGGAACUAAUUCAGCCUUUUGAGAUUCUAUUUGAAGGAGUUGAAUAUAUUGCCAGAGCUGGAUGGACUCCAGAGGGAAAAUAUGCAUGGGCCAUCCUACUAGAUCGCUCCCAAACUCGCCUACAGAUAGUGUUAAUCUCACCUGAAUUAUUUAUCCCAGUAGAAGAUGAUGCCAUGGAAAGACAGAGAUUCAUCGAGUCAGUGCCUGACUCUGUGACACCACUGAUUAUCUAUGAAGAAACAACAGACAUCUGGAUAAAUAUCCAUGACAUCUUUCAUGUUUUUCCCCAAAGUCAUGAAGAUGAAAUUGAAUUUAUUUUUGCCUCUGAAUGCAAAACAGGUUUCCGUCAUUUAUAUAAAAUCACAUCCAUUUUAAAGGAGAGCAAAUACAAACGAUCUAGUGGUGGGCUGCCUGCCCCAAGUGAUUUCAAGUGUCCUGUCAAAGAGGAAAUAGCAAUUACCAGUGGUGAAUGGGAAGUUCUUGGCCGGCAUGGAUCGAAUAUCCAGGUUGAUGAAGUCAGAAAGCUGGUAUAUUUUGAAGGCACCAGAGACUCUCCUUUAGAACAUCACCUGUACGUGGUCAGUUAUGUAAAUCCUGGAGAGGUGACGAGGCUGACCGACCGUGGCUAUUCCCACUCUUGCUGCAUCAGCCGGCAUUGUGACUUCUUUAUAAGUAAGUAUAGUAACCAGAAGAAUCCACACUGUGUGUCCCUUUACAAGCUAUCAAGUCCUGAAGAUGACCCAACCUGCAAAACAAAGGAAUUUUGGGCCACCAUUUUGGAUUCAGCAGGUCCUCUUCCUGACUAUACCCCUCCAGAAAUUUUUUCUUUUGAAAGCACUACUGGAUUUACAUUGUAUGGGAUGCUGUACAAACCUCAUGAUCUACAGCCUGGAAAGAAAUAUCCCACUGUGCUGUUUAUAUAUGGUGGUCCUCAGGUGCAGUUGGUGAAUAAUCGGUUUAAAGGAAUCAAGUAUUUCCGACUGAAUACCCUAGCCUCUCUGGGUUAUGUGGUUGUAGUGAUAGACAACAGGGGAUCCUGUCACCGAGGCCUUAAAUUUGAAGGCGCCUUUAAAUAUAAAAUGGGUCAAAUAGAAAUUGACGAUCAGGUGGAAGGACUCCAGUAUCUAGCCUCUCAGUAUGAUUUCAUUGACUUAGAUCGUGUGGGCAUCCAUGGCUGGUCCUAUGGAGGCUACCUCUCCUUGAUGGCAUUAAUGCAGAGGUCAGAUAUAUUCAGGGUGGCUAUUGCUGGGGCCCCAGUCACUCUGUGGAUCUUCUAUGAUACAGGCUACACAGAACGUUAUAUGGGUCACCCUGACCAGAAUGAACAGGGUUAUUACUUAGGAUCUGUAGCCAUGCAAGCAGAAAAAUUCCCCUCUGAACCAAAUCGUUUACUACUCUUACAUGGGUUCUUGGAUGAGAAUGUCCAUUUUGCACACACCAGUAUAUUACUGAGUUUUUUAGUGAGGGCUGGAAAGCCAUAUGAUUUACAGAUCUAUCCUCAGGAGAGACACAGCAUAAGAGUUCCUGAAUCUGGAGAACAUUAUGAACUGCACCUUUUGCACUACCUUCAAGAGAACCUUGGAUCACGUAUUGCUGCUCUGAAAGUGAUGUAACUUUGACCUGUGUAGAACUCUAGUAUACACUGGCUGUUUAACCAAAUGAGGAGGUUUAAUCAGUAGAGAACUGAUGAUCACAUUUUGGUACCUGCCGCAUAGCAUCUACUUCUGAGAGUAUAUCUGGUGCCAUGCAGGUGUUUACAGCUUGUAGAUAGUAAUCUAAUACCUUAACCAUAUACAAAAUUAAAUGACAUAUAUUUCUAAGGGAUCCAGCAAUACCAUGAGAAUUACUGAAAGAAAUAAGACUUUAGCACCAUGUAUCCUACUACCUUACUUUCAUUUUUAAUAGCAUUAUGAAACCUCAUGGACUUAAUUAGUGUAUUUUUACAGUAUACUUCUGAGUUUGUUAAAAUAUGAUGAUAUUAGUGAUUGGUUUGGUUCAAUUCCAGAAUCUCUGACUAGUUACAGAUUUGGUAGCACUUAAAUGUAAUUGAAUAGCUUAUAUUUCAUUGCUUGGGGUGUAUCCAGCAUGUUAUGAACUAAUCACUAUUAAACCUAUGGCUUAACUAGUCAUUAAUGAUUUUUCAAGGAUAACUAAGUAGCCUCCUAAAGACACUUAUUUUAUUUCAUUCAGACUCUGACCAGUUUUUAGCCAAUGUAAACUGUAUCUAGUAUAAAUAGUUCUCUUUGAUGAUAUGACUGAGUGGGUUUUUCCUUUCACAUAAAGGCAAGUAACUGUAUAUGUAGCAUGGAUUUAAUUAGUCUUAUAAUAUUGAUAAUUACAGGCAGGAAAAUUUUAAUCAAAUGAUCAGAGCUUAAAUAUUUGCAGGCAAUUUCUUUCCCUUUAGGAAAAGAAAAAAGUACACAUUCACUUGUAUUCUUCAGAAAAUUUAGUGGUGCCAAUUUCCAUUGGGUAUUUCCUCACUGAAAUGUUCCAGAGUUUUAGGGCCAUGGAAGGGAAUUUUGGUGGUGGUGGGGAGACCAUAAUGUGGAGAAUGACAGGGAGAGGAGAAGGCAAGGGUCUGCUUAAGAACUAAGCAGAAGUGUAAUUUGACCAAAAAUACUCAUGAAAAAGUUUAGGAAUUGAAAUUUAGGCUCCUAGAAUAUUAGUUAAGGAAACCAGAAUUAAGAAAUCACACUCUUGCCAACACAGUUACAGACUAAUAUUAUUCAGGGGAGGAAAAUUUCCUUAGAGUUACUUGCACAAUUUUAAUUCUAAUUUUUUGUUAUUUUCUUCUUAAUUUUGGGAACCUUACAAAUUUGAACUUUCUUUAACCUUUUUAAAUUAUUUGAGGAGUAUUUAGAUAUUGUGAGCUUAAAAUAAAGAGGUUUCUAGACAACCUCUUUACCUUAAACUGAUUCCCGGCAAGCCAUGGCUCUCUUUUUCAGUGUUCGAAGCUUAUAAGUGAUUUCUUGAAUGGCCAUGACAUUUUCCUGGUUUAGCCCUAGCAUUUAACUAUUAAGGGAGCUCAGUGCUGAUUGGGAUCUAUCAUCUUAGAAUCUUAGGGUGCUAGAUGGGCCACAUUGGAACCAGUGGCAGAGAAGGCACCUAUGAGUUUGGCACUUUUUAUCACAAGCCUUAGUGUUUCGAAAGUACUUCUAAACAACACUCCAAAAAAAAAAAUUACUCUUUUCUUUCUCACCGCUACAGAGAGAGUAGAGAGUAGAUUCCUCUCCUAGAGAGCACAGCCUCCAUUAGUAAGGAUGGUGACUGUGCAUGAGAUGUGGGCUUCAUCACUGAGGGCCACAUGGGAGAUGGGGGAGAUCCAGAGAUGGCAGGGUGACCUGGUGCUGGCGUGGAAGGGGGUUGGGUUUUGCUGUUCUUGUAUUUAUACUGUAUAAUAGGUACUAUACUUUCCCUAUGUCUGUAUAUGUAUUGAUUUUCUUGUUUAUGGUAUUUUCCCAUGGCAAUAUUUGUUUAUAUUCUUUUCAGUGUUAAAUUAAAUUGAUUUGGGUAACUUUUCUUCCCCAAGAAAGUAUUUUCCCCCAUGACUUAAGUAUGUAUCUGAUUACUGAAGAUGGUUUUUGUUUGCGUACUAGUUGGCCUCUGAGGAUCUACCCUUAUAUAAUAUGCAAAGUAAAAAUGGUAUACAGUGGCUUUUAGACAGCGACUUGUUUGAAACCUCUUACCCAAUAAGGCUGUUUCUUCAAAAUGGCAUCUCAUAUUUUACCAAAACAAACCUUAAAGAACCUCAUGGACUCUUAAAUUCACAGGUGUUUUCCUUUUGCAUCUUGCCUUUUGCUUUCCUCCCAUCACAAGGAAUGCUUCUGUUAUAAUUCUCAGUCAGUUAAAUGCCAUUCUCCUUCUAUAGGGGGAAAAAUACCUGACUGAAUACACUUGCAGAAAGACAGUUUGACUGAAUUUGAUUUUAAAAUUGAUGAGGAAAACAUCAUAGUCAAUUGAAGCAAUCAGUAGAAAUCUCACUAAAACUAUUUGUACCCUGUGUAUGGGUAACAACCUAAAAGGCAAGAGUAUAGCAGCAUUUUUAGUGAGAACCAGAAAGCACUAGCUUAAACAUCAAAGGGAGUUUUUGCAGAUUUCAUAACUGGGUGCACUUGAACAACCAUCAAUAGGUAUGGUUGCUUGUGCAUUAUUGAGCAGUGGGACUCAAAAUCUAAGAUUCAUCUGGGAUGCUUAUGAAAAGAAAUGCAGUCUUGAACCUCACUCUUAGAAAUCUGGAUUUCGUUAGUCCAAGUGGAAACCAGGAAUCUGCAUUUCUAACCAGCUUUCCAGGUGACUCUAAAGCAGGUCAUUUGUGGGCUACUUUAAGAAACCCUUCUGUACAGAAUGAGUUGGAUUAAGAAAAUAAUAGGUGAUUUUUACACUGGACUGAUUUAUAAGAACCUAAAACAAUAGUCAAGAUUGCUGCUCAUCUGUGAUAACUAUUGGCCCUUUUUUUACUCUAAAAGAGGCAGAAGGUAUCAUUCACUGUAUAUCCCCUUGGUCUGGAGAUUAAUUUUGGAAUGAAGGUUUUUCCCUCUGCCAUCCCUGGCUUGUUUCCAAAGCCUCAUACAAGUGGAUGAAGUCACAAUGCAUGCAUUAUUUUUCAAAAGAAUGAGAUAUAGAUGUUGAUGCUUACUUUUACUUGUUAUACUUCUUACAGAAGGUGUAUCCCACCUCUCUGUAACAUUGUUCUCUCUUUAAGUGGAAUGAUUCCUGUGAGAUCUCUCAUUAGUAUAGAAUUAUAAAAUUUUCGAGCUGUUA